AUGGAUCUAGAAUCUGCACCUCGCAUCUACGAGCACGAUGCGUCGAUCCUCGCCGAUCUCGCGACGGAGUUACCUCUCUCCAUCACUCUUCUACGCCGCAUCCAACACGGCCUCGCCUACCCAUCCCCAACCGCUAAAAUCCUCUCCACCUUUCCCCCCGGCGCCCCAGCCCCAAGCACCCCGUGGCUGGCUGCGCGGGUGGAUCUCUUUCGCGGCCGCGAAACCCAGAUCGUCCUCUACUCCAGUCUAGAAAACAGCCACUCGAAAAUUCAGCCCGUCAGCCCUAGUAGCAGUCCGAAGCCCGCCGGUCCCAGCACCAGCGCCUCGGGUCCGGCUCCUCAUCACCAUGAUUACCUCGUCGCCACCCUGGACGUGCCUCAGUCCACAAAGGACCUAGCCCGCGACCAGCUCCUCGCUCUGCUGUCCUACGUCAAGACUCAUCUGCGGCCCGCCUACCUGACCUUUCUGGCGGCCCAGCCGCCCGCUCUUCAGGCAGCGCAGGCAGGCGUGGCGCUCAUCCCUGCUCCAGACCCGCGCGCCUUCCUGCUCGGCUCCUUGCACACAGGGCUGUACAGCUUGCUCCUGCUCUCGGGCGAAUUCGCUCCGUCGCCCUCGAGCGAGGAGUCGCAGGCCGCGUUGCCGGGGAUCAAGGUGCAUCGUGUAGAUAACCCGCCGUACGAGAAGUACUUCUUUCCGCGGACGUGCUUCACGCCGCGGGAGGACGGGGAAGCGUCAGGUUCGGUGCCGUUGCCGGCGGGGUACAGGUAUGCGGACCGACGGGGUCGCGUGGGUGUUUUGGCGGAGCAUCUGGAUCUCGUGCAGAGUCGGACGCAUAUCCCGCGGUCGAGAGAGCAGUUGUCCAUGAUGCCGGGGGUGGCUGUUUAUAAGGAUGUAGAUGGGGAUGGGGAGGAGGAGGAGUUGCCGAUUGCGUGGGCGUUCUUGGGGCUGGAUGGGCCGCUUGCGACGCUGCAUGUUGAGCCGGAGCAUCGGGGGAAAGGGCUUGCGUUGGCGUUGUCGAGGGAGACGAUGCGGAGGGGGAUGAAUGCGGAGGGGCCGUUUGGGGCUGUUAGGUCGGGGAUUGUGGAUGAGAGGGUCGCGAGGCUUGUAGGGGAUUGGGUGCAUACGGAGGUUGCGGCUUAUAAUAAGGCGAGUAAAAGGGUGAUGGAGAAGAUUGGGGGAGAGGUGAGGAGUACGGUGAUGUGGACAGUGAUUGAGCUUCUUGAUUGA